CUUUUCAAAGGGGCUUUUUUUGAAAAUGAUACAGAGCAGUCACUCCUUGAAGGCACCUUCAGAGAGUUCCUCCUACACUUCAUUUCCAGAGUCACUGUUGCACCUUCAUUCUCUUGGAUCUCCUGAGCUCCCAUCUCUCCACAGGGACACCUUCACUCCCUACAUGAGGUUCCCCAGGACAAGCAGAACUACGUUUUCCCAGGCUCACGGGGCUGCAGGUGAUGCUGCUUGAGGGACAGGGAUGAUGGCUGAGCACUGCUUGCUAAUGGGUUUAAGUGUUCAUUAAUCACUACACGUGGGUAUAGCAGGGCCAGCCCAAAGCUGGGCUCUGCUGGCAUUCAGCUCUGUGUGUAGCCAAGUACAGCCACAGCCACUGGCUGGGGAGACACAGCCUUGGGGACACCCCUGCCUUGGGAAACCCCCCAGGCUGAACAAGCUGAGCACACUGCCCUGCAGCCUGACCCACAGUGCUGCUCCAGCAGCCAGACCCUUUCAAAGUCCACGCUCUGCAAAGUCCAUUCCUGGACUUUGUUAAAGCAGCUCUGCUUCAGAGCUGAUCCUGCACAGUAGGCGAGCACAGUCUGCAUUCAUCAGCCCUCUGAGGAGUAGGUGGGAGAGCCAGGUGUCAGCAGCUGGCCUUGAGAGACAGAAAUCAUGACCCAAGAGCGACUGUGGCAGGUCCUGGAUCCAUCCUGGGGAGACCUCCGUGCCCUCUCAGAUCUGCUCUGCAGCUCAGCUGCAGCUGUGGUGCUCCUGAAAUGGCUGGGAAGGAGGCAGGUCCAGCAGAAGAUGGAUGAGGCAAGGAGGUCUCGGCAUCUGGCCCUGGAGAGAAUGGAGAAGGCAGCUCGCAGGCUUAAACAAGAGAACCCAGGCACCCAGACCUCCCAAGUCCUCUCGCUGACAAUGGUGGAGCUGGCAGAGAAGCUGAAGGAGGGGUCCCUGUCCCCAGAAAGUGUCCUCUACUCCUACAUGGACAAGUGGGCUUUGGAGGUGAAUUGGGAGGUGAACUGUGUGACAGAAUUCGUUCAUGGGUGUGAGGAUCAGCUCCAGAAACUGAAGGAGCAAAAGGAGAAGGGGCUGCUCUAUGGCAUUCCCAUCAGCAUCAAGGACCACAUUAACUGCAAGGGCCACAUCUCCUCUGGAGGGAUGGUGAAAUUUCUGGGCCAAGUGAAGGAAGAAGACAGCGUCAUUGUCCAGGUUCUAAAGCACCAGGGAAUCCCCUUUGUGAAAACCAGCAUCCCACAGACCAUGAUAAACUAUGACUGCAGCAACCUCAUCUUUGGGCAGACCCUGCACCCUCUGAACCCCCAGAAGAGCCCCGGGGGCUCCUCGGGAGGGGCUCUGAUUGCAGGGGGAGGCUCCAUCCUGGACAUGGGCUCGGAUGUGGCUGGCAGCAUCCACCUGCCCUCCAGCUUCUGUGGGCUCUGCAGACUCAAACCCACAGGCAACAGGAUCAGCAAACAGGGAGUCACUGGUGCUCUCAUGGGAAUGCAGUCAGUGACAGGGAUGCUGGGGCCCAUGGCAAGGGACAUGGACAGCCUGGCCCUGUGCAUGAAGGCUCUGCUCAGCCAGGAGAGGUUCCAGCUGGACCCCACUGUGCCCCCCAUUCCCUUCGACUCCCAGGUUUACAGCAGCUCAAAGCCUCUUCGUGUCGGGUACUACGAAGGGGAGGGUUACUUCCAGCCCUCGCCCAGCAUGAGAAAGGCUGUGCAGCACAAGAGGGUGCAGCUCCUCCAGGAUGCAGGCCACAUGCUUGUUCCCUUUGCCCUGCCAAAGAUUGACUACGUGGUGGAUGAGCUGUUCACCAGAGAGAUUUUCUCAGAUGGGGCUGCCCACCUGGUGAACUGCUUCAAAGGAGACGUGGUGGAUCCCAACCUGAAAUCCCAGUACAAUACUUACAGGCUUCCUGCUCUGCUGAAAAGGAUCUUGGCUAUUUUGAAACCCAUUGUGUGGGCGUGUCUCACCUGUGUUAUAGGAGAUCUGCAAGGUGGGGAGGCUUCCUUGUGCUGGGAGGUAAAUUGUACCACCCAGGAAUUCUUGGCUGCUUCACGUUAAUUGCCUGAUGGGCUUCAUAAUGAAAUACAUUUAAUUUUUAAACCCAAGCUGAACUUAUCAAGUGAGUCUGACAGCUUUUUGUGGGAGUUUUGUGUGGGGAGGUUGAAAUAUGAUGGGCUGUGAGCAUACAGCCCUUCUGGCAAUGAGCUCCAGGAGAAUGGAUAUCACUAGUGAGGAUCUAAACAGCAUUCCCACAUCCAGAAGAUGAUUCCCAGAACCAGCAGUGUGGUCUAGAGCCUUAUUUGUAUGAGUUACAGUGAUUAAAUGUGUAAAUUAUUGUGGGAGUAAACCCACUUCUCAGGAACUGGCCUGUCCUUCAGUGCCACUUCUGCCAGGAGAAGACAGAUGCCCAAAAUGCAGUCCCAGGGUAGCCAGCUAUUCCACUGCAUUGUGGUUGACUAAUCCCAAGUUUUUCUCUCCCCACGAAUUGCUCGGGAUCUCGGCGCUCUCUGUGCAGUGGGCUAAGACACCUUGGGGUAGCUCUGGAGAAGGGGGAUGUGCCUGGCUGUGCCCACCUGCUCACGCAGGUAGGUGCCAGCUGUGCAGAGCCCUGCCACGGGGCUGGGCUGAGCCAGGUGGGUGUGUGCUGCCUCUGCACCACCUGGGCUCAGCACUGGCUAAUC